AACUUCCUGCCUGCAGGCUGAUUAUCACGUGACCGCAUGAACUUUAAGACUGGCCUACAAGGCAGAACUUAUGAACUUUUAAGAAUGAUGGAGCUGCGGCGCGGACUUUCCGGUUUCCUCCGCUUCAAUUCACUUCUUCACCGUCAGCUGAGAGUUUGCUCUUCCUUCAGUCCAAGAGCGGUGAUAUUUGACAUGUUUGGAGUGUUGAUAUCUUCACCUCUUCGCACAGCAACAGAGUGGGAAGAUAAGAACGGAGUCCCUCGUGGCACGCUCGGCCGAGCUAUAAAUGCAGGGGGCAGUAACAGCUCGUGGAGGAAAUACAUGCGAGGAGAGCUGGGGGCAGAAGAGUUCAUGGAAGCCUUCAGCCAGGACUGCAGUCAUGUGGCAGGUUUCAAAGUCCAUACCAACUCUUUCCAUUCAGCUCUAACAGGUGGCUACAUGUCUAAACCUGUCCCUGUCAUGAUGGAUGCAGUGCAAUGUGCCCGUGCUGAGGGCUUUAAGACCGCUGUCCUUAGCAACAACUUCCUGUUGUCUGGAGGAAAGUCCUUCCUCCCUCUGGACCUCUCUCUCUUUGAUGUGAUAGUAGAGUCCUGCAGAGUGGGUUUAUGCAAGCCAGAUCCCAGAAUCUAUCAGCUGUGUGCCGAUAGACUGGGUGUCUCGCCUCAAGAAGCUGUGUUCCUGGAUGACCUGGGUUUCAACGUGGAGGCUGCGGUACAAUUAGGAAUGCGUGGCAUCAAGGUUAAAGAUCCUGGAUUGGCCGUAAAGGAGUUGGAGCAGGUGCUGAAGAUACCAUUGUCUCCUAAAAGAUUUAAUGGGCAAUUCCCUAUGGACCAGCUUGCCCAAUAUCUCAAAAAAGCUACUCAGCUUCCUCUUACAGACUACAUUAAGAUGCAGCAGUUGAGUUACCCGACUGAUUCCACAUACCUAUUGAACUGUGGACAACAUGGAUUUGUCCUAAAUAAGAAACCGAGUACUGAAGCCCUGCAGAGAGAAUGCAGGAUUCUCAAGGUCCUUGAAAAAGCCAAAGUCCCUGUACCAUAUGUUAUUGAUCAGAACGAGGCACCGAGCAAUUUCCUAGGAUUUCCAUUUUACCUGACAUUUUACACUCCAGGCAGAGUGUUUAAUGACUACACUAUCCCAGGAGAGGAUCCUAAUGAGAAGAGAUGUGUGUAUGAGGCUAUGAUAAAAACCCUCUGCCAGAUACACAGAGUUGACCUGAAAUCCACAGGUCUGGAAAACCUUAAGGAUUCAGAUGACUUCAUGGAAUCCCAAGUAAAAAAGUGGGCGCAUCAGUUCAAGGUGAAUGAGACUUCCAUUCCUGCCGUGGAUCGACUGAUAGACUGGCUCCUGUUGCAUCUUCCGAAAGAUCAGAGAACCACACUGGUCCAUGGAAAUUUCAGUCUGAACCAUCUGGUGUUUGACUUCAAGACCCCUGAUGUGGUGGCAGUACUGGGCUGGAGUCUUUCCACUGUAGGAGACCCACUAGUGGAUCUGGCUUCCUGUUGUAUGCCCCACUUUCUCCCAGCUUCUGCUUCUAUACAAACAAGGGAGACAUUUACUCCGAUGGGUAUUCCAAGUGCAGAGGAAAUAUUUGACCUGUAUUGCAAAGAAAUGGGAUUGGAACACAUCCCGAACUGGCGGUUCUACAUGGCUUUCUGCUUCUUCCGCCGGGCUGCUAUCUUACAGAAAAAUCAUAAAAUGUCUUUAAAAGGCUUGACAAACCCAAGAGAAAUAGAAGAUACAGUGCAAGUGGCGUGGGACUUUGCAACUAAAGAAGGUUUCCGUAUCUUUAAUGCUUUACCUGGAGCAGUAAGCAUUUAACAAAGUACCAACAAUACGAAUAUUUCAGCAACUUCCCUUCAUUUUUUAUAGAUAUCAAAGCUAUGAAAUUAGUUCUGUACUUCACUGUGCUCAUUUGCUUAGUCAGACUGUUUGUGUGUUCCUGAAUAAGUUGCUAAUGGCCCUGAAGCACUGGCGAAGGACUACGGGUUGCCCAAUACAUGAUCAUUAAUAAUCGUAAUUCGACAUCUGAUCUUGCUGCUGUGUGAUUGACUUUCACCAAAUAAAGGAUUGUAUCAGGUUUAAUUACUAUGCAUAGAGUUGCGUGCAUUAAAAUGUGCCUGUUACCUAAAAGACCUGCUUUAUAUUUGCUACUUUAAUACUAAAUAAAGUGUUUUUUUAUAUAUAUUAUUUUUGUAAUAUAAUGAACACAACACUCAGCUAUAAUGUGCACCUUUUAGUUGUAUUUAUGUAUAAAGAAUGUCUAUAAGUUGUAGUGUCCAAAGAAGUAGCACACACACCCAUAAAACAGUUUAAUCUGCCAUUACCUUCCACUCAUGUUCUCCCAGGGUUUGUUUGACAGUCUGAAGUUCAGCGCCGUAUUGUAACCUGAUAAAGGAUCUCCAUGCGGUGUCUGUAAAUUUUAUUUUUUAUUUAUUAAGUAUACAAACGUACUUUGCUUCUGGUGUGUUCAUGUAAAAGACUGCUCAAUUAAAAUAAUGGUCUGUACAGA